CACGAGAACUUGCAUAAGGAUGAAUUUAUCUAUCGUAAAAUGGGUUUUAUCUUCGGCGAAAGAGGAGGUGGUUAUGGAUUGAUAACUAACACAGAGGAAUCAUCACAUCACAGACGACGGCAAAUUAUGAACCCAGCUUUUCAUCGUAAAUGCCUCAAAGAUUUCAUGAGUAAGUUUAAUUAUGUUUGCGAUAGAUUCUUAGUUCGUAUGGACACAAUCGUUCAUGACCGUCAACCAACUAGCAUGGUUAAGGAAUUUGCAAAUGUCACUUUGGAAGUAGCGAGUCAAGCAUUUUUCAAUAUUGAGACACACGCCAUAGAGAUUCCCAAUUCCCCGUUUCCAGCCGCAAUGCAAAACUAUCUGAGAGGAAUUCAGCACAAUUUUGACAUACCAUUGCACCCCGUCUUCCUGACAAUAUUCCAGUUCAAGAUAUUUCAGAAUGCCACUAAAAGACUUCAAAUUGAUGCCGUCCGCUUCCUCAGAAAAUUUGCAUUUAAUGUCAUCACAACUCGAAUGAAAGAUAUUCGGCAAGAUAAAGUGGUCCCGGAAGACUUGUUAAGUCUUUUGAUUAACGAUGGUAGUCUGUCCAUGGAUGAUAUCAUUGACGAAUUUAUAACUAUUUUUAUUGCGGGACAAGAUACAACCGCAAAUGCUUUAUCAUUUGCCUUAUAUGGAAUCAUAACUAACCCCCAUGUCGAAGAUAAACUUUUAAAUGAACUAGAUCAAGUAUUGGGGGAUCGUGACCAUGUUGAGUUUGCUGAUUUAGUUAAAUUGAAAUAUCUUGAUAGCGUUUUUGAGGAAAGUUUGAGAAAGUAUCCUGUGGUUCAAGCGCCUUCAAGAAUAUUGACAAAAGAUAUCACCGUUGGAGGCUAUCAUAUUCCUAAAGGAAACGGAAUUAAUAGCCUGCAGAUUCUUUUUUGUAUGAACCCAGAAAUUUGGAAAAAUCCUGAAGUGUUUGACCCAGAAAGAUUUUCAAAUGCUAAAAACAUGCGCAACUUUGGCAUGACUCAUUUCCCCUUUUCAAUUGGCCCUCGUAAUUGCAUCGGAUAUAAUUUUGCGAGGAUUGAAUCAAAAGUUAUUCUCGCAAGGCUACUUCGGAAAUUCAAGUUUAAACUUAUGCCAGGCCAGAGCGAUAAAAUGAGAGCAAGAGUCAUUUGUUCUUCUCGAGAUGGUGUGAUUUGUCAUGUCACCGAACGUUAG